GUCACUCUACUUUUGUAGCAUGUGGUGUGUCAUCAACCACAGACCCAUGAAGGGCAGUCUUGCCAGUGGGAAAGUUUCCAGUGAACAGCUGGAUUCGAUCCAACAGCAUGACUGACAACUCCCCCACCUUGCUGUAUGCAGGAGAACACUUGGAUACUGUCGCAGGAUUCCCAACACUUUACACAUUCAGUCCCGCAAAUCGCGACAAUCCUUUGAUUGUUUUCAUACCGGGCGGUGGCCAUAAUGCUCGCAUCUCAUAUGGCGGCCAUCCCGGAAGUCGCAGAGAGGACUUCCUGGCGCACUGGCUAAACGAACUGGGCUACGGCCUACUUGCCAUCUCGUACCCGCUCCAGAGCCAGCCGGACGAGAUCAUGGCUGCGACAGCACCAGAAUUCCGUAUUCGGGAUUGGAGUCUGCAAGCAGCGGAGGUCACGAAGAUGGUGAUCGAGAGGCAUGGCCUGUCGCCCAAGGUCGUGCUUGUCGCUUGGAGUAUGGGCGGCCGGGUAGUGGUUCCGUACACGCAAGCAGCAAAGGCACGGGGGCUAACCGUUGAGCUUUUCGUGGGUCUGGCGGCUGCUCCUGGACUCGCUGGUUCUCGGCUCACUCCCCCGGAUAUCAAAAUGACGUCCGAAGGGUAUGCUGCACUCGACAGGAUGUCGAAGCUUUUCCUGGACCAGGUCCAUAAGCAGAAUCGGUUAAACUCCCGUGUCAUUAUUCCAGACGAUGUUUAUCUCCGCGGCUACUACGGACGCACGCCUGUCGGCUUGCUCGGCUUUGGCUUGAGCUAUUCCCCGGAGCGUGGGUUUGUUGAAGAUCGAUAUACCUCAACGGAAGAUGCCGACGCGUACAACUUUCGUCAAUGGCCUUUGAUUUCUGCUCUGCACGGUGACAGCAUUCUGGAUGGACGGCAUGUACUUGCGGACAAGGCCACCUGGGGAUUCAUGCAGGUGCAGCAGCUUGUGAGUACUCUCGAAGGCCGAGGCUAUAGAUCGCUGAGCCCGCAGCGCUGGGAGGAGGUUGUUAAACUGGCCCACUCACGGCCGGAUAAUAUGUGCCGGCAGAUUCAUGGUAAUCACUUUUUCUUCCUGGGCGAACAGGGCGCUCGUGAGACGGCGGCUGCCAUUUUUGAACAGCUGAGAGAAGCUCGGAUCUUCAGGUCGAAGCUCGACUCUCUCUUGUGUCAUGAUUCACCUUGACAGCAUUUUUUGUUCGCCCCGGACAUUUAUUUACUGCAAGUCGCCUCUGCGUCAAAUAGAGUAUCUCUUUGAUUGAUCUGGUGACAAAGUCCUGGUCGAAGGAGUACUUAGUCUGUUUCAGUCUAGAGUCGCUACGUCGGGACUCUGCAGCUGGGUUUGUCUGCGAACAAUUACGAUACCUCAGGAAUAGUUUGACAGUGGUCGUCAGAUGCUGGCAGUAAUGCAACGAAAAAGAGGAAAAAAGUUGCGGAGCAAAAAAGAAAGCCGAACGCGGGGGUCGAACCCGCAACCUUGAGAUUAAGAGUCUCACGCUCUACCGAUUGAGCUAG